AUGCACGCAGUCAUCCAGGGCGCUCAAUCAGUCAGACUUUAGUAACGCGUCGAGGCGGACGUCACCCGCUUAAGAACUCAGCUCAGCUAUUAUCUUAACUGUAAUAUUUUGAUUAUUAUUAAUUUUUUUUUUUUAUUUGUUUGGAAAACAUUUGUGAUUGUGUGAAAUUGAACCCUGAUUCGCAGUAUGUUGUUGUUAUGUUGCUGCUUUGUGCAACUGUUGCUCCAUUUGGUCAGUGGCGGUGUGGCAGAAAGUGAUGUUGAGCCACUUCUGCAUAGAAAAGAGUUCGUUACGCUUCAUAAAUGGAGCGAAUUGAAAUUGAGUGUGCCCGAAGGCUAUCAACAACCGCCAACGCUGGAUGCAAAUCGUUACGCACAGGAAAAAUUGCUGCCAGUCGAUGUGGAUGUGGAAUACGGGGAUGACGGCUACCAUCGGACCUUCCUUACCAUACCACGUUUGAGCCACGGCGUUCUUUAUUCCCUAGCUGUGGUCGCUGACAGUGAUAACUCGACAAUACUUAAUCCAAUUCUGGUGCCUUAUCCCAGUUAUGAUUGGCACUCCAACUUUGGUCAAAAUUGCAGCACCAUAACUUCUGCAAUACGCACGUUCAUUGACGAUUGUUGGCGUUUGUGGGUUGUUGACUUGGGUCAGAUUAACGGUAUUCAAUAUUGUGCGCCUCAAAUACUCGCCUUUGACUUGGUCACCGAUCAGCUGUUACAUCGUUAUGUUAUUCCAGCAUCACAAUAUACACCGGGAGUAUCCAUUUUUACCGCCCUCGCUGUGGACAUAGAUGAAUCGGUGCCGAAAGCGGAGUGUAGUACUGCUAUGGUCUACAUCGCGGAUCCCUGGGGUUAUGGUCUGAUUGUUUACGAUAUGAAUCGAGAGCAAUCUUGGCGCAUACAAAAUGCCCACAUGCAACCAGAGCAACAAUUGACGCAGGAUAAGACAGGCAGCAGCGGCAUUUUCACAGUCAGCAUAAGUCCAAGACAGCAUGACAAGGAAGGAGUUCCAGCUGAUCGACGCUUAUAUUUCCAUGCACUGAAUAGCUUUCUAGAAGUAAGUGUACCGUUAAUUGUAGUCAAUAACGCUUCACUGUGGACACAGCUUAAAGAUAUGGAAACACAAAACGAACUGUUAAAAGAAUUUAGAAUCGUUGGCAGCCGCGGCAUACAUUGUGAAUCGGAAGCUAUGGACAGUGAGGGUAAUUUAUAUUGCAGUUUGAUAAGCUCAAGCGCCUUAAUAGCCUGGAAGGAAGACAGCGAUUACGAUUCGGAUCAUUUGAAGGUUGUCGCUUAUAACCCGGAAAGAUUACGAUUUGUUACAGGGCUUAAAGUGAACCGCAAUAAUCUCGAUGAAGAUGAACUUUGGGCCUUAAGCAGUAAUCCAGAGCUAUUUGUUGGUGGUAAUGUGCAAACAGAUGAUAUUAAAUUUCAAAUCAUUGGUUGUCGCGUCAAAAAUUUACUGGAAAAUGAACCUUGCUCCGUUGUAAUAAAUCAUUUGCAAAAUGCGACAAAUUAUUAUAAACAACAUUAAAAUAAAUAAAUAACGAUUAAAUUUUAUCAUAA